UUUGGAACUUUUUGCUGUAGUUUUUAUGGUGUUCCUCAGUGCGAGCAAACACAUCCACCCACAUGCGAUUUAAUUGCUAUGGUGCUAUUGGGUAAUUGGUUUUACAGUUGCCCAGAUUGUGAGCGGAAAUUGGAGGACUAAGCUGGGCCACAAUGAAUUUGCAAAUGCAAUUAGGUUUGACAUGUACAUGAAAGUCAUCCACUAGAAAAUCAACCUAAAUCUUAACCAAAGGAUGCAUUUGUAGCACCAGUUGCAAUCCUAAUCCUUUGCUUAUUCAUAAACACAUUUUCACCAUGCCAACACAUCUUUAACUACGCUUUCGCUUCUCAUCCCAACACUGUGUAAAAAAGACCAAGUUUCGAUACUCACGUAUCUAGAAACCUUUUCUAAUCAAAUGUUAAUCUGCGAUAGGAAUGCAAAACCUCUCCAUAUCCUGCUCAUUGGUCUGCCUCAUCAUUUUGGGCAGUGCCGCCCUCGUGGGCGCCUUUGGUGUCUGCCAGCGCCAAAUCAGCGCCAUUUUGAUCACAGGAGUGAUGUAUUUACUAGCAGCUCUCUUUGCCCUCUUCACGCUUAUGAUCAUCCACUUCAAGCGGCAGCAGGGACGUCCCAUGCUGGACAGCGACUACGAUGGAACGGUGGACGGAAUAGUGGCGCGACCAGGAGGCGUGGCCAUCAUGGCCAAGCCGCUGCUGGGAGCGCGCAUCUUCCUCACCUCGUGGAGCCUCGACUUGGGAUGGGGCGGUGUGGUGCUGUGCGCCAUCACCUCGGUACUGUGGAUCCUGCUCUCCAAGAUCAUGCGGUACAACCCCUUCUCGGCGCUCAUGAUUUAGCUAAACGCCUUGCCGCUCGGCGUCUACGGAGCCAGCUACGGGAGUCUGGGCAGCUGUGAGAGCUACGGCAGCUACGGGAGCACCCACACCCACAGCGGCACCAGUAGUGGCGGCAGCUCCAGUUUCCUCCUGGCGGCGGUCUCGUCGACGCGGCAAGCAGAGCACCGGGGCAAGGGAAAGUACAUCCUGUAGGCGAUGCCCUGCCCCAAUCUAACUGUCUAAUGAUCCGGAUAGUAGCCCGUACUCAACAUAUUUGGGCUAGGCUUACGAGGGUUUUAUGAUUAUAGUACUUGUACAACUUUUGAGUAAUUUCACCUUGUUAAGGUUCAUUUUGGCUAUAUUAUACUACUUUGGCAAAUCAAUACCAAGACCAUGAGUUGAACCUCUUCGGAAGUGCACCCACUCAUCCCUAUGUAAACCCCAUAUUAGUUAGCUAUGUAUGUUGGAAAUGUACCAAACUAAAAACUCAAUUGCCUUGUUCUUUAUAUAUACACACACAACUUAUACAACUUAAUCUUAUACUUGUUCUUAUUAUACGGUGUACUACUUAACUUAACCGAAUUGUAAAUUCAAUUUACACUCUCUAUUUACAAGUAAACCUUUUUGUAUACACUCGAUUUGGCUCUAAUUCUACACACCUCUAAACCUCUAAACACCCCACUAAUCCUUGCUAAAAUGUGAGACAUUUAUUUACACGUGACGAGCGAAAUGGGUAUGGGAAUAGGAGAAGGAAUUCCAGGUGAGGCUUUGGCUUUAAAGUGCUUUCUAGUAACAGUUCGCCUGCAUAGCUUUAGCCCAGCCCAAAAAUAGUUAAUUGGGUGUGACAGUUGCUUCAAAUUAAAAAACUGACUGGGGAGGGAUAGAAUACGACUAACAAAAAAAUCAGGUAGAAUUUAGAAAAGUGCUUGCGAUAUUCAUAAAACAGUUUGCUUUUUGGCCCGCAUGAAAUGAUGAGACGCCUCAACAAAAACUUACUUUCCCCGUUUCAUUGCCCUCCAUCCAGUUGGUUUAGUAGAAUUCUAGGGCUUGUCAUGGAAGCAUAAUGAAAUGUAGAACUUGGCGAGUACUUAUAGAGCUCCAGGGGAACAGUUGUACACGAAGCAUAUUGUUAUGAGAUCAUUUAGUGCUUUAGGACAAAUGGUUUACAAAACGUAUUGUACUUGUAUAGAAGCCACCACAAACCAAACAAAAUGCUAAAAGUAUAAAAAUGUAUUUUUAUGCAAACGCUUUGCCUUAAA